CACACACACACACACACACACAUCGUCCACCCCGUGAGGCUGACGGAGGCUCAACUGAAUCUCUGAAGAUGAAUGUGGCUAAGAUCCAUGACAGAAUGCACAUUAAGACGUUCUGGGAAAAGAAGAUUAACACUGAAUGUCAGUAUGCUGAGACCGAAGAGCAAAGGAAGAACAAGAGCUCACUCGACAAGCUGAGGGGGGAGUGGCUGGUCCGCCUGGAGAACCGAACCAAACACCUAAAGAAGCUCAACGACAGCUACAUCAAGAAGGUCAAAGUGGAGAAGUCAGCUGACCAGACAUGAGUUGAAAAACAACAGCACACAGGGAUGAUAGCAACUAACUGUGGCAUCAUAAUGUUGAAAGCAAUAAAGU